AUGGGACGUAAAUACCUACUGCCAAUCGAUCCUAGUGAAAAUUGUCGUCGAGCUGUGAAGUUCUACAACGAAAAUUUGCGUCGAGAGGAUGACUCACUGGUCUUUCUUCAUGUUGUUGAGCCUAACUUCAAGAGCCCCACUGUCAAUAUCUCCACGGACACCGACCCCUCAGUACGGGACAUGUCCACUCAGAUGGAGUCGGCUGUGGCCGCGGGAAAGAUGUUGGGCCACAAGUACCUCAGCUGGGGCAGGGAGGAAGGUAUUACAUGCAAGGCUCUCGUCCAUGUGGACUCAAAACCCGGUGUGGCCAUCCUGAAGGUUGCCAAGGAGAAUAAGGUGGAUCACAUUAUUGUUGCAAGCCGUGGACUAAACGCUCUUGGUCGGACCCUCUUGGGCAGCGUCAGCAGCUACGUGGUGCACCACGCCACCGUGCCCGUGACGGUGGUGCCCUGCCCUGAGGACGAAAAACCCAGUGGAACGGUUCGACGAUUCUCCCUCUACUAG